UUUCUUUCCAAAAAGACUAUAAGCAACCAUUAUUGAGGUUGGUAGCAUUAAAGUGGUUGACAGAGAUUGUUGUUGGUCAAUAAAAAUUUAUGGUUUUAAAGAUUUUUUGUUGGCGAGGUUUUUAAGUUUAUGAUGGAGAUUUAGUCAUUUUCAAUGGUUUCAAUGAAUCAAGAUAAAUAUAAGGUAAAUGAAUACAACAAGAUCAAUAAGUGCUUGUGUUACACAAGCUCUUAAUUCAACUCUGAUUACUACAAGUAUUAGCAAUUCAUCUUUAAGAGUUGUUCAUUACGUUAUCAUUGGUUCUUCAAGUUUUGUAGCCUUAUUGAUAAUAAUGGUUGCUGUAUUCUGUGUUCGAAAACAAUUAGUGAAAUCAAAAUCAAUUAAACAAAAAGGGUUAAAAAAACAUUCAUCUGUGUCAUGCAGAGAUUCCACUACUCCUCACUAUGAGGAUAUUGGCCAUGCUGUAGAAAUUGAUUAUGAAAAACUUGUUAAUGAAGAUAUACAAUAUGAGUCUAUGAUAGAUCUUAGAGUAUUUGAAGUACCUGAUAUUAAAGUUCUUAAAGAUGAGCAUCCACCUGUCUAUACUAUUAAUAAUCAUAAAAAACCAGAAGGAUUAAAAAAUGUUUUAUCCUGAAUUUUAAAAUGCAAUAGUUUUUUUUAAUAAUAAAGUAAUUUCUAAUUAAAUAUAUUUUUAUUCAGUUUUGAGCUUGUCAUA